AUGCUGCCCUCACCGUAUUAUCCGACAGGCACAGCAAUGAAUGAGCUGCAUUUAGGUCAUCCUGAGUAUUUGUGUGCAAACAGCCCGUCGGUAGCUGCUUUGUUGUCAAAUAACAAUGUUGCGGCCGCCGCUUAUUACUAUCAACAACUGAAUCCUUUCCUACGGAUAAACAACAAUUUCUGGUCGAUGCCGUUAUCUUUCCUACAAAGUUCACAUCGUCCGGAAAAGCCUCCAUUUUCCUAUAUUGCUCUGAUCGCGAUGGCUAUAAGCAGCGCUCCUAAUCAGCGACUUACAUUAAGUGGCAUCUAUAAAUUCAUCAUGGAAAAAUUCCCGUAUUACCGAGAAAAUAAGCAAGGAUGGCAGAAUUCGAUACGUCACAACCUCUCAUUGAAUGAUUGUUUUGUAAAGGUGCCACGUGACAAGAAUACCAUUGAUGAUAAUGACAGCUCCGGCAAAGGGAGUUAUUGGAUGUUGGAUGCUUCAGCUAAUGAUAUGUUUGAGCAAGGCAAUUAUCGUCGGCGACGCACCAGACGACAAAGGCAUUGCAUGAGAAGUUCAAGCAGCUCUGAAGACGGCUACCAAAUUGAGAAAAAUCAAGUAUACGAAGGCACGAUUGAGGAAUCUCAGUCCACAUCUCAAAACGACCUCAAUAUAUUAUGCAACAAACACUCUGCACCGAUGCCUUUAAACUACUCCGAUCGCAUCACAGAACUACACAGACAGUAUCUGGCUUCGAUUGCCCCGUUUAAUAUACUCUUUCGGAAUGACCCACCAUCGGUAAACAACGGCUCAGCAUUACCAACGCCACAACUUAGCACGCAGCAUGACCCACCUUUGCCACAUGUAUCGACAAUAAUGCUACCACUUAGUACAAGUCUGGAUGCCAGCAGAAAUUCAUUUCGGGAUUUGGACGGCUUCGAUCUAACGGGUGGUGCCUAUUCCAACAGUAAUAGUUCAGUGGACAGCACACGACAAGCAAACUCGUUCUCACCCAGUGCCUUUACACCAAUCACUCCAGCUCGAAAUAACCCAACUCUGCUGCAAAUGACCCAACCGACGCAGCCACAUGUGCAAUCACAACCAAAGAUGCUAGCAUCUGCAUUCACUAUCGAGAACAUCAUAAAGAAAGACUGA